GACCGAAUUUAGCACGGCCGCCUGAAUGGAAUAAACAAAAUCGCACUGACGAGCAGAGCGACACUGGAGAGAACACGACCAGGCAGAACACUCACAAAUGGACACUUUUUGACCGAAUCUGGUCGAUUUUGCGUUCCUACACUUCCAAUGCACUCGUGCGAGGAUGCCCUCUCGGCCGAGCGCCGGAGGACUCGGGCAAGACGGAGCGGGGCUGUUCGCGGCGAUCCAGUUCGCCGGAAGGAGCCCGGCGGAGCCCCAGGCGCUGCACGGGAAAAAAGAGCGCCAGGUGCUGCGCGGGCAGUUGUACGGGCGCCAGCGCGGGUAGCCAGGACACCUCGCUGUCGGCAAACUACGGUCCGCGUUGGCGCGUACGGUCCGUCGGAGGUGGAAGCUGUGUCACUGCAGGAGGGAAAAGCGGAGGAGGCUGAGGAAGAAGGGCAGGAGCGCCAGGAAGGAGGAGGAGAAGGUGGAAGAAGAGGAGGAGGAGGAGAAGGGGGAAGAGGAGGGAGAGGAGGAGGAGGAGGCGGAGGAGGAGGAGGAGGAGGAGGAGGAGUAGGAGUCGGAGGAGGGAGGAGGAGGAGGAGGAGGAGGAGGAGGAGGAGGAGGAGCAGGAGGGAGGAUAAGGAGGACAGCAGAACUGGAGAGAGAGAGGAAGCGGCAGCUGAGCGGGAAGCUUGGGACGACGAUCGAGACGCAGCAUGUAGAGGAUGGGCGUGCCUGCAGCGAUGGGAACUAGAUUUGAACAUUGCCUCUGAGAAAGCCACAGCUGGUGCUGAAUUAGGGGACACAUCUGCCAGGCAGAAGCUCUCUGAGUCUGCUCUCAACUCGGCAGCCAAGUUCUCUAUCAGCACAAUUGGACUCCCUGACCAGUUUGAGAAUAUAAUUGGCGGCAUCCUCUCAGAUAGCAACAAUGUUCACUUUGAUGGAGGUGGUAACUCUGCAGUGAAGUACAUAACAAAGAAGGGAAGCAGUGCUCUGCCUUCCCUUGCUUUCCAGGGUGGAUCACUUCCAGGUUCGCCAAGGUCUGAUGGGCUGCCAGAUGGCGCAGAAAGUCCAACCAGUGUAGAAACUGAGGGAACUGGGAAGAUUGUGCAGGGUAAGGAUGGAAAUCUCAUGCAGCAGCAGCAUGGGAACAAGGGUGGAGCAGAAGAUUGGUGGUCAGAAGCGGAGUCCGAACCAAUCUCAGAGGUGCCGACGGAAGCCAACUACAUGUCAGACUCUACUUCCAUCUGCACUGCUAUCUCAGUCAUGGACGCAGAUCCGGAAACCAAGCCUCUGCAAGAAAAACGAUCGCGGAACCGGGUUGUAUCUUCAAGGUAUAAGACCACUACAACCCGCCCGCCAUCUGCACCAAAGCGGUACCCUACUCCGUUGUUGGGACAAGCAAAGCAGGCUGAUCUGCCAUUGCCUCGAGCCACAUCAACGGAAAGGAAGCGUUCGUUAAACAAGGAGAGGAGCUCGGUCUCACGGGCAACAGCUAAGCCUGGGCUCGCACAGAACUUACCAGGAAAUGUGGGUCUCUGGGCAAGGACAAAUAGUUCUGCUGGCUAUUUGGACAGCUCUGUUGAUGCACGGAAUGCAGAAAGCAACACCACCCCAACAAAGCAAGUGACAAUAUUGGAGAGCAAGAGGCCAAGUUCUGUUCGAAAAGGGUCUAGCUGGGGAUUGGACCAGGAUGCAAUCAGCAUGAGAGGUGAGGUGAUCAGGGAAAAUGCAACUGGAGGAAAUGGGAUGGUCAGCAAUGUCUCAAGACGUGGAGGACGAGGUGUCAAGGCAAAUGGUCCUGUGACAGGAAGGGGGGCAACCAUACUGGGACCAGAAGGCCCAGAGGGAAGACUAUUGCUUGAGCGGGACCGGGCAAGGGAACAAGGGCAGGAACAGCUGCGGGAACGUGCACGGGGCACAGGUUCUCGAGCUGAGGUGAGGAGGAUCCAAAUGCCAAAUAAUCGUUUGGUGGGUUCUGCAAUGAGCAGGAGUGUUGACCUUUCAAGCUCGGAAAGCGACUUCCCGGGAAACAGAAGAAACACUUUCCAGGAGGUUAGGUCCCGAAGCACUUCAAGGGCAGCUCGCUUAUCAGAAUCUCAAAGCAUGACAAGCUCUAUGAUUGAAGAUAUGAAGGUCAGUGGUCGUGCCACUGGCACUGUAAGAACACCCAAUAACCGUUUUGCAGCAGGAAGGGCAAGUUUUGCUGGAGCUGGGAAAGCAAGUAUGAGUCCUGGGGGUGGGAUGGGAGCGGGAAGAGAGGGUACUGAGAGAGGGGUGAUGAUUCGCACACCAUCCGGUGUUGUGGAUAGGGGAAAUGGUGCUGUAGAUAGAGGUACAAGGAGGCUUCAUGUCAGGUCAAAUAGUGAUGUAGGUUUCAGGGAUGUAACAUCGGUGCCAUCGGGUAGAGGGGAAGGCAGUGGAGGGCUGGGUGAUAGAAGCAGGAGGGCAAUUAGAGAACCUGAUGGAGGGGGCAGCUUAAGACUGGAUGAAAGGGUUGAUGGGGGUACAAAUGACAGAGCUGGUACUGUAGAUGAGGUAGUUAAAAUGAAUAGGGGAGCAACAAGUUCAAAUCGGGAUGGACGGUAUGAUUCUGAGAGUGUGUCUUCAGUGGUUUCAAGUUCUAGAGCAGCUCGGGACAUGGUGCGGUCAAGAACUUGGGACAGCAGUGCUUGGCGGCAAGGAAUAGCUGUGGAGGGUGAAGGAAUGGUGGAGAACCAUCCCCGCAGAGAGAACAGUUCAGAUGCAAGGGAGCCAGCAUUGAGGGUUUCAUCGUUACUGGGUCGGCCCGGCGAUGGAAUUACAGCUCAGAGCAACAACCAGCCAAAUGGGGCUGUGGUACUGCCAAAACCCAUUGGAUCCCCUUGGAGACCAAAUCCCCUCUCGGGAAACAACCUGGGCGGUCCUGCUUUAUGGACACUAUCUCCAAGCAGGAUUAGACAGCAGCAACUGGCUGUGAGCAGUUCAUCCUCCCCACCCCCAUCGCCGACAGCCAGGUCACUAUUGCUUGCACAGCCUCCGGCAGGUGGCUCCCCCCUUUCAACACCUCCAAGGGCAGGUUUAAGUCCUGGUCCACGUCCUCGAAGUGCAUAUGCAGACGGGGGCAAAGUCCGUUCCAUGACCAGUGCACCAAGCCCUACUCAUCAGCCUGCUUCUUCUUCCGUCCCUGCGCCCUUGGUUUCCCAGCCACCUGUCUCCAGCAUGAGCCCCCAGAUGCUUGCAAGGCAUGUGAGGGUACUCCACAACCGCUGGUUGCAGUGGAGAUUCAUCAAUGCCAAGCAAGAGGCACUCGUGAAGGCUCAGCAGAAUCUUGCUGAGACGGCGCUGUACAGUGCAUGGGCGGCAACAGCUGAAUUACGCUCUAUGGUGACUCUUCAGCGGAUCAAGCUGCAGAGGGCAAAGCAAGCUCGGAAGCUAGACAGUGUUCUUUCUGCCCAUGCAAUGCGUUUGGAGGAAUGGUCUCAAAUAAAGCAGGAGCACACGGCUGCAUUUGGUGGGGCUAUCGAAGCAUUGGAAGCAGCUAUGCUUAGGGUACCUCUGGUAAACGGCGCUAAGGCUGAUGUUGGCAGUCUAACAUUAGCAUUGGCGACUGCAGGAGAGAUCAUAGAUGCUGUGAGCCCAUCAGUUGCCCGCAUGCUGCCAAAGGAGGGCAAUGGAGGAGGAGGAGGAGGAGGAGGAGGAGGAGGAGGAGGAGACAAGGAGAAGACGAAAGUAGGUGGAGGAGGAGGAGAGAAGAAGAAGAAGACGAGAGGAGGAGGAGGAGGAGAGAAGAAGAAGAAGAGCUGCAGCACUGAAGAAGGGGUGAGAGGGGGGCAAGGGAGGGGGAAGCAAGGGUUGGAGGAACAGAAGAGCUCGAUGGAACAGGGCAUGAAAGAGGAGUGGCAGGAACGAGACCGCAGUAGGCAGGGGAAGUAUAUGAGGGGAGGGACGGAGGGGGAGGGAGACAAAGAGGGAGGGGGAGGGGGCGAAGAAGUGGGCAAAACGCAAGGAACGGAAAAGGCCGAGGACCUGGCGAGUUGCUUAAACAGGCAGAAGGCCGAGAUGGAGAAAGAAGAGGGGGCGGGGGAAGUACAAGGGAGGCGUCAUCAGGAGGAAAGGAGUGAAGCAGGGACUCGGAAGGGGGAGAGGGGCGAUCAGAAAGAGGAAGUGCAAAGGGGAAGUGUGAUGGAAGGGGGGGGACAAAGGCAGGAGCAGGAAAAGGGAAAGGAGGGAGAAGGAAAAUAUGAGGGAGAGGAAGGAGAGGAGGAACGGAGGAUGGGGGAAACAGGUACGGGGCCGAGGAGGGAACAACAAGAGCGACAAGAGGUACAGGGGAGAGGGAGGAGGAGGGGGGGGACGAAGGCAUGCAGGGAAGACAGGGAAGCUCAGUUGAAUCAAGAACUCCCCAGUCAGGAUAGGGAGGUGAUGUCGGGGGAAGCAGAUACGGGGAGCCAUGGGGAAGGGGAGACCUCGGGGGAGAUUUCGGAAACCUCAGAGACGUCAGGGACUGAGAAGGUGGAGGGGGAGCAGUCAAACCGGGGGUUGGUAGAAGAUUGUGGGGGAGAGGAGGAAGGUGAGGGAGGGAAGCAAUUGGAGCAGGGUGAACAUCGAUCGGUGCCCGAGGAAGAAACUUCGCAGAGCGAGUCAACGCAAGCAAACAGGGUCAGAACAGAGACACAUUGUGGGGAGGCAAGGGAGGAGGGGCAGCAGCAGGAGCCGCUGGCCCAGGUAGUAGAGCUAGCAAAGCAAGAGCGUGCAGGGACGGGCUUGAAGAGCAUCUUGCAGGCAGAAGAGUGCUACCUGCGUCCUAUUACCCUUUGGCGGACUGCUGGCAAGAUUAAGAUGCUGAUGGAGGGGCCGACUAAGUGCGCUGGCGCGAAGACCAGCUAUGGCGCCCAGGUAGGAUCUCCGCCGAUGCAGGGUGAACUGGCUCAAAUCCAAGGCCAUCCACCGGAGGUUGAGCCGCAGGAGAGAUGGGACAUCGCGACACUGCUGGAGGGAGAAAGAAUGGUUUUCCUGGCGGCUAACCUAACGCCGGCCUACGGAGGGGUCGAGCAGAUGGCAGUUCGAGUCACGGCAGCGGUGGCAUGGCUUAAGGCAUGGAUCGCUAGAGGGAGCAUGGGAAUCUUCGGUAAGGCUCUGGUGAUCAAGAAUUCAGUACUGGCAACGUUGUGGUACACAGGUGCUGUGCAUAUGCCAGGCAAACGGACCUUCCAAUAUAUCAAGAGGGUAAUCCGUGCGCACCUGUGGUCUAACAACACUGAUGCCGAAGACUCCAUCUGCAAGGUCGCGUGGAACAAAUUGUCCCAGCCAAGACAGUUUGGAGGACUGGGGAUCUUGGACCCGCGGAUGCAAAUCAUUGCCCUGCAGCUACGACACCUGAUAUGGUAUCUGCUUGGUACGGUGGGAGGAGUUUGGCAAGAAAUAACUCGGACCCAUUUUGCAUACACGCUCCAGGUGCCUCGGGAGGUGGUAGAUCUGUGCCUGAUCAGCACUGCAGCAAUAGGAUAUAUUCACGGGGACACAGUGUGGACCACGGAAGUGGCAUUGUGGAAAAAGACCCAGAUGAGGUGCCGCCUGCCAAAAACGGCGGAUGCAGCCUUCAACCACUUGCUGUUUAGCAACAGAUUUAUCUGCGACGCGACUGGGGAGCCGUUCCCAUGGCAGAACCCGCGGGGCACCUACUGGUGGAAGUGGGCGGAACAGGGUAUCUGCAAGGUGGGGCACUUAUGGGAUGAAGAGCGGAAGGACUGGCAUCCCGAUGGCGAAAUGGAGGCAAUGCUGCAUAGGAGAAUGAGGAGGAGGCAAAGGGUGGUGGAGCUGCGGGAGGCCAUCUCCCCUGGGUGGAUUGAGAUGCUGAGAAAAGAUGAAAUAACAAUUGGAGAAUGGGUAAGGAUCAGAGGAAGCACGAGACCGGAGAGGGUGUACAGGGUGGAACGGGUCUCGGCAGGAGGGGGGCUAGAGGUUACGGAGUGGCAGGUGACAUCGGGAUAUGAAGGAUUAGGUGAACCCCUCCGAGAGGGGGGUAUGCAAGGGGGGUGCUCCUUAAAGAAGCUAGCAAGAAGCGCUGUGGAAACAGUGGCAGUAUGUGGAAGAAGACACAAGGGAGAAGGACAAUACCUGCCAUUUCAGGAGGCGUGUAGAAAGCGGGAUCUUGCAUGGAAUCCGGCGGAGUGGGAAUGGCCAGCUCAGGGGGUGCAGAUGAAAAUGGUGCAGCUCCAAGAUUUGGCCACAAAGAAUAUUUACAACUCGCUCCUGGAAUCCGUAGAGAUCUGCAGGGAAUCGAGGGACCAAUGGGCGAAGAGGGACUGGAUCCCGGGUAGCACCGGGGCACUGCCACGGCGCAGUGCCAGGCUCGCAGUUCGUAGCCACUCCGUGCUACCUCCACGGCCGAAGUAUCAGCAACAACGACUCAGCAGGCGAGCAACUCCAGCGGCAUCCAGUGCCAAUACAGUACCGGUCACCGCAGGGAUCCUUCCUGCCUGUCCGGUCCAAGGGGACCACGAGACUUUGGCAGCUUACCUUCAGCGGGUGCACGCAUUCACGGAUGCCGUAGCCACAGCAAAGGCACAGCAAGAGGCAGCAGAAGCAGAACGACAGCGGCUUGCCCAAGAAGCGGCAGCCCAAGCUCAGCGGACUGCUGAGGCUGACGCAAUGGCUCGAGACAAGCGGAAUGCCGCCAGCACUGAGGCGCUGAUUCAGAAUGAGAGUCAGUGGACAGCACUACUCCAAGGCAUGAUCUUUGUGCCUACGGGCGAGCAGGCGGAUCCGACACCGACGGAGGCACCGGCGGAGGCAGAAAGGAGUAACCUGGCUAACUUAAUGCUGAGUAUGAUGAGGGCGGUAAUGUGGAACAACACGAUGCAGAUUGUGAACAUGCACACGGGACGGAAGCUGAGGCAGACUCAGCAGAAUGAGUCUUCAAACUUGACAGCCGCCAUCUGCACAGCAACACAACAUCAGCAACAACAGCAGCAGCUGUUGGCAUCCACUAUCACACGCGUCAACAGCAUUGAGGCUAAGCCCUCAGCAGCGGCAGGCUGCACGACAGACAUAGCGAAGCAGCUCAGCGAGCGCAUCGACCAUGUCAUCACCAUCAUCGGCGACCUGGGUGACUUUACCAGUCCGGCAUCGAUCAGCAGCACAGUGGCCGCCAUCAAGACGGACAUCGCCAAACUGCAGGGACGACCAAAAGCCGCCUCGAAAACGCACAAGAUGCCACGCUUCAACAUCGGGAAGUUUGAUUAUUACAACAAGAUAGACGCUUUGGCAUGGUGGCAUUCCUUCAUCACCGAAGCAGCCUGCCACCACGUACCAGAUCACCUGAUGAUGACAGCACUCUACCUCCAACUUAUUGGAGUAGCACAGGCAUUCAUGAACCAUCUGGCGACCAAUCUAGGAACCACCAUUGCCGACCUGCACAAGCACAUCACGUGGGAGCAGCUCGAGCAAGCGUCGCACACUCGGUUCAUGGUCCGGAAUGUGGUUGAGGCGGCUAUGAACGAGGUCUACCUCAGCUCGCAAGGGAACAUGUCAACACGAGACUGGACAAUUAAGUGGCAGAAGAUAGGCAUUCUUGAUCGUGCUAACCUGGUCAUCCAAACGGAUGACAAGGCCGCCAACAAAAGGCAGUCCCAGCCACAAUAUGUGGCUAAGCAAGGCUACCAACGGUCGGCGCAUAACAAUGUGGUGAUCACUGACGGAUCACCUGAUCUCCACGCUGCAGCAGCCUCCUCGAGUGAUGGAGGAAUUGUCGCAGCGCUCCCGCCGAAACGUCCAAAAAGGGUUCGUAAGAGCAAGGUGACACAAGGGACGACAGCGACGGAGACUGGGCAGCAACCAUGGACGGCAUACAACAUCACCAAGGAAGUUCGAAGUUCUCGAACUUCGACAACGGUGGAAAGCACAGAAUCUCUGUUGUCACAACUUGCUGAAGUAGUGGCAGGGGAGCGUGCUUUGCUUGAGGAGUGUGGGGAGUUGCUGUCCUAUGCGGCUCUUCUGGAGACCGAGGAACGCAGCUUAAGGGCACAUAGACUGCAACUUGCGCAUGAGCGGGAACGGACGCAGGAGGGAGGAGGAAUGUCAGCUUCGCUAGCUGACGUCUUGUCCAUCAUUCUCCUGUCAGGCCAUGACAGUGUUCCACUCAUUUUGAUCAUUUCCUCAUUGUGAUUUUGAUACCGACCGAUGGCCACAAUCUUUUUUCUAGUCUUCUGAGACACGAGGUUUGUGACGGUACUAGUAGCAAAAGUGAGGCGGCGAGGGCAAGGAACCCUCAAGUCUGUUCAGCAGGACUAGAGGCCUAGCUUAGAGGGACUGACAAUAUAUAGGAGUUAUGCGCUUGGGUGCUACCACCAAUAUUGUAUCCAUUCGAUGCAGCGAUGAGCUGUGCCAUCGUGGUGAGCAUCGUGGUUCUUUUGUCUCUUUCUUUCUGUAGACCUUGUACCGAAUAAACCAUGCAGCGGGCUUGGCUGCAUCGUUUUCUUUAGCAGCCUUACAUUUAGGGGAAAUGGAUAAUGCUUCAGAACAGGGAUUAACAAUUUAACAUCCUGUUCUUGCGACUGUUCUCUUUCUGUAUUAGCCUGUGUGGAACAAGCCACGCAGUGGGAUUCAGUGUGACAUUUUGCUUAGCGUCAUUACAUGUGUAGGGUACGAAGACACGAGAAUUGCAAAAGACUUUGAAAGAAGGAUUAAAGGUCUUCUCUUUAAGUCAGUUUCUUCUUGUGUUUUGGCGUGAACCUAAAGAAAGGCAAACCCUAUGUCCUCGACAGAAGACAAACACCUUUGUCCUUAACGGGAGACAAAAGCUUUUGUCCUUGUGGAAGAAAACACCUUUGUUCAUAUCGAAGGCAAUACAAUGCCGUUCAACUUACCGGAAGUAGCAUCUUUCUUUUUAUUAUGACGUUGAGGGCGAACGUGUGUGAAGUGUGACAAAUAAUCACACACCCUGCGUGGAAGAGAACAAUAAAUAAAUGUAUCGAGUUUUCAAUAAGCUAUCACCCACCCAACUUGGGUGGAGGAAUAGCUGGCAUCAACAUUAGGAGGGGUGGAGUGUAGCAGGACUCACCAAUAGGUCAACAAUUAACACUGAGCCAGUUCAAUUCGGGGGCGCCAUUGUUUUGCCUACUGUCAUAUGGUAGUACCAUUGUUCUGCUUACUUUCAUUCGCAGGCGCGCGCGCGCGCGCGCGUGUGUGUGUGUGUGUGUGUGUGUGUGUGUGUGUGUGUGUGUGUGUGUGUGUGUGUGUGUGUGUGUGUGCUAUCAUAUUCACUAUACACUCAAAAAAGCAUGACUGUGCCAGACUGCUUCGUCGAACUUUCACCGACUCAUCUGGAGGUUGAAUGCUGACAGUCUGCCCAGGAUGCAUUUGACUGAUGGAUAAGGACCCACCACAGCGCCCAGAGUUAGUGAUACCCCUGAGAAACGUGGUGGACGUUACUCACACCGAUCCCUACAAUCCUAGCAGACUGUUGGUCCAAACCCCUGACAAGAACAGCAAUUAGUCUGAGAAACUGUGUGUGUGCACGUGCUAGUGUAGGUCUGGCACAGCUUUGGGGGGGAGGAGUUGCAGUAGGUAGUGCUUGCCAUCGUGUUUCCGUACGUUACAACAGGCUAGUAUUCCUGUGGAUGCAUUUCUCUUUCCAAGAAUUCCCUGGCUGCUGCUUGUUUUCAGAAGGCAGGCCUCAUAUAUGUAUCGCUCUGCGCACCCGAAUCCUGAUGAUGGCAUGCUGAUUUGUCUGAUGUCCGUGCACCAAUCCUGCUGUUGCUGGAACCAUAUCGUUCCAAGUGUCUGAAAGUCCAGGACCGAACCUGAUCUUAUGACUUUAUUAUUGUCCUAAUUUCAAGUAUGGAUUGAACCUUCAAGCUCUGGCUUCAGAUAAGCAACACUUGACUCCAACAUUUCAGAAUGGCUCAUGGCAUCAACAACGGGAAGAGGCUUUCACAUCUGUCUUCUGUCUUCUCAUUCAACGAUUCAGUGGAGUUUGUGACCUGACCGACUUAUUUUCUGUAUAAACCCUUUACGCCUACGCCAUCAGAACCUCUUAUGCAUCCAACCCUUCCCUAUCAGGAGCCUUGCUCUCUGUUCAGUUGAAGGCUGUGGAGAGGGCUCAGCUUUGCGAACUCGA